AUGAAAGUGUGGAAGCACUGUGGACUACUGCGGCAAGGGCUGUCAAGAAGGAUUUGGCGACUGCAAUUCCAGCCCGGCACAGUCUUCAAUAUCGUCUUCAUCCUCGAAGUCUGUCACCUCUUCCAAAACAUCGAGCAUGUCCACUACAAGCAAACUUUGGUCGUCGAGCUCCAGCUCCACCACUACCACGAUCGCGAGCAGCGAUUCCACCGCCACAGCAUCUUCCGCCCCAACCUCGUCUUCCACUUCGGAAUCAUCUUCCACUCCGACCUCGUCUUCGACCUCGUCUUCUACCCCCACCCCAUCUGCCUCCCCUACUUGCGAACAGGUGGAAGUUUAUACCGCAGCAAAUGGAGCCCAAUUCAAUCUUAA